CCAAACUUGAAGAUGUGGCUAUAGUUAGCUGCCCCGCCUCCCGCCAGGGGAGUCUAUAUAACCCCAGGGGAAUUUGCAGCCUGUGUCUAGGCUGCCCAUCCUUCUGGCCCUUGGGACAUCCCCACCGCACCCACAGCUGCUGUUUGCCCACCUGCCUGUCCGCUGAGAAACCAAAAUGGUAAGUGGGGCGCAGGUGCCCUGGUUCAAUCUAGUGGAAAUGUACAAAGUGGAAAGAAAACGGAACGUUGGUUGAUCAAUCUGCAGCUCUUUUCUUUCAAAUAGGAGGGGAAGACUAGGAGACCAUUCAGGUUAUGUAGAUGAAAUACAUAAUUGAACACCCAAGAGGUUGGGUGUUGGAGAGGGGGGGGCAGAGGAAUCACCUUAACAAUUUUCUAAAAUUUUAUUUCAUUGCCAAAACAGUGCAAUGCAGGACUUUCUCUUACCUAUUUCUCCUUUCAUCAGUUUCUCCAUUACUCUCUUUCUCUGUCUCAUCUCUCCGUUUCAGUUUCUUUCCACUUAAACAUUUUAUUGUCUGUGCAGAAGAGAUGUGUGUGUUCAGGGAAUACCUCGGAGCAACUGAGGAGAGAUUGGGGGUAGUUGAAUGAGGUGGGAUGCCAGAUAGCAGCUGGGAAGAACAGCUUUUGACGAGGGGAAGGGAAAGAUGAAGCCUAAACCGCAUGCAGAAUGUCAUGUUAAAUAGGAUUAUUUCACAUCCUUCCUUGCUUUCUAGCUAGCCUUCCUUAAGAUCCUAUUUCCUUCGCUGAGCUAUGCACCUUAAAAUUCACCAGGGAAUCCUUUCAGGCCCUGAAUAGCCAUAUCAUGCUCUUUUUUUCUUGAAUAAUGCAGUAGAACAGUUUACUCAGCUGGGAAUUAGUUGGACCCCAUAUUGAAUAGAGAGAGAGAGAGAGUAAAGGGCAGCUGAGCGGUUGCUGAGCAGACAAAAGCUUCGGGAGUCAUAUUCCUGGCGGCACCAAAAAAUCCAAAGCAAAGGAGCUGGAAUCAAGGGAUACCGUGGAGCAAUUUUGUUUUGGGAACAAAGAAGCACAAGGAGUGCGCUUUUUCUUCUUUUUGCCCUCAGAGUCUCUUGUGUGGUUUGUCACUUCACCGAUACACACACACACACCCCCUCAUAUUUUGAGAUCCAAGUCACAGGCUGCCACUAGCGCAAGAGAGCCAGUGUACUGCAAAACCUGCUUAGGAAGCAAUCACUCCAGAUUGCUCAGGCAAGCGAGCCAAGCAACCUCUCACACACAUUGCAGGCAAAAAUACCGUAUUUUUCGCUCUAUAACACGCACCCGACCAUAACACACACGUAGUUUUUAGAGGAGGAAAAUCCAUAGGCAUGCCACCCAUAGGCAUUCCCUCCAUAACACACACAGACAUUUCCCCUUACUUUCAAGGAGGAGAAAAGUGAGUGUUAUGGUGCAAAAAAUACAGUAACCCAUUGCCGCCCUUGGCUGUUCAAUCCAUCAAUGGUGUAUCUAUUGGUAAAUCCUAUGUAUAACUGCUCAGAAGUAAGCCCCAGUGAUUUCAGUGGGGCUUACACCCAAGUAAUUGUAUAUAGGGUGGCAGUCGAAGAGAUACAACUUAAUUGUCAGUGUGUGUGUGUGUGUGUGUGUGUGUGUGUGUGUGUGUGCUCCAUCUUCUGUGGUAUGUUAGAGAGAUUUCCCGAAUCCUUUGACAUAUACACUUACCUAGGUAAACUUCAACCCUGCCACCCAGCUCACUUGAACUAUUGUUCAAACUCCUUUGCUGCCUUAUCUCUUAUGAGGCCAAAGUGCACCCUGUUCAUAUCCGAUCAACCAGACCAAUAUAUUGCAGGAGGGUUCAGAAGGAAUUGUGUACGCCUUGCCAAUAUUCCUUAGAGCUCCAUUUAACCUCAUCCUCCAAGCCAACCUCCAAGGAGGAGGCCUAGUUUGUGAACUUUGAUAAAUUCCAAUAACUGGAACCCUCUUUCACUGGGGCCUUUGCGGUUUCUCCCACAUCUGUGGAAACUUCCAGAACCUCAUCAGCGUUCAUUUAUUUAGUCGUCAAAGCCUAUAAAAAGCAUUUUUGGAAGCUAGAAUAUGUAGGCAAUUUCUGCAGGACACACAAGGCUAGUUUACAUUUGCUGAACACAUCUCUCUGUCACUCACUCUCAUAAACGCAUCUCAGACUAAUACGUUGAAGAUUUUGAGGAAAUACCUUGAAUAUGAUAUAUUACAGCUCCUUGACACAGCAUUUGUUGUUCCUGCCAUUUCUGAACACUAAAGUUCUGAGUUUGUUCGUCAAAGGAUCUUCUUUUCCUCCCGGUUUUUAAAACCUUUGCUACCAUAACCAAGCAUUUUGGAAUCUCCCGAACCUUCAUCCUGUUCCCCAUGUCUCUGAAAAGUUUGGUAGCAUCCGGUUUUGAAUCUGAAAAAAUAACUUAAACCCCACCCCACCCCAAUAAAACAAUUAUUUAAAAAUGAGCAGAAACUGCUUCCAGACAUUUCCCUCCUACCCGGGACAGAAAUGUAUAAAAUUAUUUCAUUUCCCUCCCCACCCCCUUAACUAUGUUCAGCAAGCUCACAACAUUUCACACUCUAGAAACCUGGAAAGUGCUGCCCCUGUCCCCCAUCCUUAAUAAGCAUUUCGGGUGGUAAUGUACAUAGUGGUCUGAUUUCCCAUUUUAACCCAUUACAGGCACCCAAGAAGGCAAAGAGAAGGGCAGCAGCCGAAGGAGGAAGCUCCAAUGUAUUCUCCAUGUUUGACCAAACACAAAUCCAGGAGUUCAAAGAGGUAAGAAACUAAGAAGAGAUGGAGGAGGAGAAAAUGGGAAAUGUGCAACUUGCUGGGAAAUGUAAUGUAUGGUGCUCUUAAAGCUUACCUGGAACUAUUCAUUGAAGAUGUUUGAGAAAGUCAUUGACAGAAAGGAUGUUUUUUUCAAAGUACUAGAAAUGAAGGUGACUACAGUUCCCAGGAUUCAUUGGGUGGGGCAUGCUUUAAAUGUGAUUUAAAUGUAUGGUGUGUACGCAGCUACGGUGUAAUCCUAUAUAUAUCUACUCAGAAGUAAGUCCUAUAGAGUUUAAUGGGACUGAACUCCAAGGUAAAGUGGGAUUACAGACUCAGUGUUUGGAGAGAAGCUGCUUUAUUGUAGGCAUGUAAGUCUCGUCCAGAAAUCAGAAGGAUACAGAAGUUAUUAAUAAUCCUCAUAAUAACAGACUCAAAUCUAUAGAUCACCUCCUUGGAACAGGAUAGAAAUUUAAUUUUGAGGACCACCCGAUUGGGAAAAUAACCUAAGUAAGCUAUGCGGAAGGAUGUUCUGACCAUAAGAAAUCUACAGAGUCCGGAAUUUUCAUCUGUGGGUUAUUUAAAAGUAACACAUCUGUGGCAGAUUGAUUGGAUAGAAUCAAACCUUUUAAAAUGGAGCAGCUUCUGUCCACCCAGUUUCACACAUGGAGGCCCAGACCUCACUAAUUUCCCUUCUCAAACUUCACUUUAGCCCUUUCACUGUUCAGGAUUCAUCAGAUGUUGAGAACGGCGGACAUCUACAAGUUCUAGAGGGUUUCCUAAAGGAGAGAGAACAGGAGAAGGAAUCCAUGGGUGCUAUAAUUUGGCCAAAUUAUCCUAAGCAAGUUCCUUUGUGUCUGUAGGAUACAGAACCUCAGAGGAGGUGAAACUGUCAAACACCACCUAGUUAGUUGUGCAGUAAAACCCUAGGCAUGUUUAUUCAGAAGGAAGCCCCACUUUGCACAGCGAGCAAGUAAGCAUGCGCAGGGUUGCAGCCUUGGAAGGUGUUCAACACCUCCCUUUUUGAGGUGGAUCUAUCCCCUUCCUCUCCCUCUACACACCAUUUAAGUAGCCCUCUGUCUCCUAGUAGCCAGCCAGGUUCAUUCCACUUGGGAAGCUGGUGUGGUUGUGGUGGCGAGAGCUUUCCAUGUGAAGCUCGCCCUCCCCCAUGCAUGAGAUUCUUCCCCUCCAUUUUGAAGAGGAUCUCCCUUGCCCUUUCGCAGCCGUCACUGCUGCCCCUCGACACCCCACCCCCAAGAAUGGCGGUGUUUCCUUUCUGAGACCCUUGAGACGCAGCAGUGUCUAUUUUGGGUGAGGGAGGACCAAGAAGGUAGGUGACAUCUGCGCUUGGACAGAGAAGCAGGCGGCAGCUCCUUACAAGGAAAUCUUUGGAGAUGGAUUCUGGGUGACUGGCCUGAAAGAGGAGCUGUGGGGCUCCAGACUCAACGAAAGCAAAAAUUGGGCCGGUGUUGCAAAGGCUGAAAACCCUUCAUCUAGAUCUCACAUUUGGAGAAAAGAAAUCAAAUGAACAAUAGGAAAAUAAUUACCAUUCCAGCUAUCUGAGGAGAGUUCCAUCAGUCUUGUUCCUUUCUCUUUCCUCCGUCCUGGUCAAUGAGCAUUUUCAGCUUUUUAACUUUUUUGAUGACAACCCACUUUCAAUCAAUACAUUUGGUGAAAAGAACAGAUCCUUGGCCGCCGGGCAAUUUAUUGUCAAUGACCUUUCUAGACCACCUCCCUCUAAGCAGCUUGGGGUAGCGAUAAUGGCUGUUCCCCAACCCUCCUCCAUCUCCCAGUUUAUCCUCAAAACAACCCUGUGACUGUGGUGGGAGGCUGGGCUGGAAGGUAUAAGGUGACAUUUGCUUCAGCUCAACGUCCUCUAACUUCCCCACAAACAAAUCAGAACAAAUGCUUCUUAAAUAGUUGCCUUUGUCCAAUCUCCCUGUAAACAAAUCAGAGAUGAAUGCUCAAUAAACAGGUUGUCUGGGAACACCUCCAGCUGGAACAGCAACUCUUGGCUAAGGUGGCUCAAUGGCCUGACUUGCUAUAAGGGAAAAUUAUAUAUCCAGCCCUAUGCUAUGGUGUAUUUUUUGGGUUCCAUUGUCCCUUGGCAGUGGCAGCUACGUUGUCUCUCUCCACACCUGCCCAAGAGUAGCUAAAGGUUUCUCCCCUCAGUGAGUACCAUUUUGGAGGACUGCAUGUUCAGCUUUUAUACAAAAAGAUUGUUCACCCCCAGCACUCAAGUGACAAAGCUGAGGUGCUGAGAUGAAGCAAUUACUACCACCACACAAUUGUAAUUAUUGCCUUUAAAGUGAAGAGAGUGUUGGGAGCUCCUCUGCCUCUCCAUUCUGCAUUCACUGUAGCUCGGGUGGCGUGGGAGUUGUUCCGUGUUUUUUUACGGGAAAGAGACACGCCACACAGCCCCAAAGGAUAAUAGUGACUGAGCCAAGGAAGGAGUGAGCUCCCCUCCCCUCCCCGCUAUCCUCCGGAGAUCUCAUCAACAGCUCCUCUGGAAUGUUCCAUCUGUCCCCUUAGGGAGGGGCCCUGGGUUUAAUAUGAGACAGAAGAAGAUUGUUCCCAUUCCUGGUAGAGACUCGGAGGGGUAUCAAGUGACAGGUGUCUCUAGGGCACAGCUGCAGAGAAGUGGGGAGGGGGAGGAGAGGCCCAACAGGGACCGUGCUGUGCUGGAAGCUGGUCUUUCUCCAAUCCCACAAUGCAUUGCUAGAUAUAAGCAUCAAUAGAAGAAGACUGGAAGAGGGUGAAGGGAUUUGGGGUCCAACCUGGGUCACGUUUUCUGGAACUCCUUUAACUUUAACUGUCCUGUCAGCUCAUUAAAAUUCCAGAGAUAAGACGCCUGGCAACCUCCUUGAGUAAAUUAUAUAGUGGGCGGCUAUAACUACUGUUUUUUGCCCAAUGCUUGAUGACCCCAGGUUAAUGUUUCAUUCUUCUUUGAACAAUGCUGGCCAUUGAUUGUAACAAUAAAGACUGGAUUUGAUUCUCCCUUGCGUUGCAGCAGCUUUUUCGAUAGUUAGAAGCCACAAACAUAUUCCGUUCUGUUGGCCAGCAACCUUGUGCCCUCCAUAGGCUAUGGUGUACAACUCCCAUCAGCCACAGCCAACGUUUUGUUAGACGCCACCCCAAUCUCGGAGCAGUGUGAGAUUCCAGGGGUUCCAGGCAGCUCACCCAGGGUUCAGGUUUCCUUUUGGAAAUGCGGCACAGCAGAGAUGGUGGUGUUUUUAGGAUUUAUGGUUUAUUUACACAUAUAUACAACCUGAGCCUACAAUGGAGAGGUUCACAGCAUUGACACUCCAAGAGGGUCUUGUUUAUCCCAUAGCCACAACUUUGGAUUCAAGCAGAAAUCAUAAGUCAGAAUGCUCCUUUUAAUAUUCUUUCUAGAAGUCAAAAUUAACCUUCAGAGGAAGUUCAUUCAAGGCUGGUGUAUGUUCACCUUGUCAUGAAUGAAACCAAGGUCUUGAAAUGUGUACUGUCAACACAGGCAUGAGUGUGUGCCAUCUCCCUCUUGCUAAUGGAUAGGUAUCGUGUAGCAACAAAGCAAUCUGUGGUUCCAGUAAAAACUACUGCACUCACAUCCACUGAUGAACUUAUAACCCAGUCACACAAACAAGUUCAUGUCUUGUGACAUGGUCACUAGCAGCAGAGUGUUAUGAAUCGAAUCCCUGAAAAGUUUAGUGUUUCAGGUUCUGAGGUGGUAUGGCAUUUUCUUUUCUGGUGGUUGAACUGUAGUGUUUUAUUCAGAACUGCAGAACUGUCAGUUGAGGUAGCAGGAAUCAAGCGCUGAACAUGCAUGUGCAAACAGGUCUUUCUUUAGAGGACCAGCAAAAUAUCACUAUUUAAAGGAAAGCUGAGUUACAUGCAGGUAUUAUAUAUAGUUUCAGAACUGGAAAUUUCAGUGCAGAUCUGUGUGUUCGCGCAUUCUAGAAAUCCUUUUGAGAGCGGACAGAUUCGAGAUCCAACAGUUGUUACAAAGGAGAGUUACCCUACAAAUCCUACAUUCAUUUUUGCCGGGAGGUAGGGUGGAAUGCUGGAGGUGAAUUGCCUGCAAUCCCACAAUGUUUGCUUCUCUCUCACUUUCUAGGCCUUCACUGUCAUUGACCAGAACAGAGAUGGCAUCAUUGACAAGGAAGACCUGAGAGAUACAUUCGCUGCUAUGGGUAAGAAAAAAGGGAGUCUUGAAAGAGCGUGGCAGGGUGGGCAGGAAGGAAAGCAAAGCUUGGCUGUUGAAGGAACUCUCAAAAGCCACCCCCAGCUGAUAAUCCUGCCCUUCCCAUCUCUGCAGGGCGCCUGAACGUGAAGAAUGAGGAGCUGGAUGCCAUGAUCAAGGAGGCCAGCGGCCCCAUCAACUUCACUGUCUUCCUCACCAUGUUUGGUGAGAAGCUGAAGGGUAAGUUAUUUCCCUGUUCUAUCUCUCCUUCUUCACUGCUUGAUGUCAAGAUCUCACUGUUGCUCCUCUUCUCCCACCAGGUGCUGAUCCUGAGGACGUAAUCAUUGGCGCCUUCAAAAUCCUGGACCCUGAGGGCAAGGGCACUGUCAAGAAGCAGUUGUGAGUAUCUGCCCCGCAAAUCACUUUCAUUAGAUGUGCUGCGCUGGUUAACACACGACACCAAACCAUUGCUUGGCUGUCACUGGGUUCAUGUGCUCCCCAACACACUCACAUUUCCUUCCCAACUCACCUGAUCAAACAAACCCCAGUUUGAUUAAGUUUUGUGUUUGCCCUCCAGACAAAUUAGAAACCACAUUCUGAAGUAGAUUUCCAGUUGUGGUUUAGAAGGCAAAUGCAAACCAUAGUUUGUCUGUUCAGAUUUGAAAGCAAGUUGUGGUUGGAGAGGAAGAAGUAUGCACUCUUGAGACUUGGACCUGACAGCUGAAUCAUGUAUAGGCUGUUAUGUCUGAACCAUCCUGCUGCAUCUCAGAUGAUGAUGAUAUGUUGGCUCUGUCUAUCCUACAAACUUAUAUAAUUCAUUUUACACUAGUUUAAAUGUCAUGACUUCCUUUCAGAAAUCAUUCUGGCAGCAACUACCGUUGCUGAUGACUUUGAGAUUUUUCUUAGUGCUUCAUGGCCUUUUUCAUAAAAUGACAGUGCCCUGGGAAGAGUUAUAGCAAUUUUAAAUGCAUGCUGUUGUAGGGUUAAAGUUCUUCCAAAGCUGGAAUUCAAAUGUAGGGUUCUGUUGCCUAUGAAACAGUUGCCUUUUGCCUGUGUGUGUGUGUGUGUGUGUGUGUGUAGAACAAAGCAUUCUUCCAAGCAAAAUUAUUUCCACCAGGGAGGGCUUUCAGCUUAUGUGAAACUGGGAGGGGACAGGGGAGCAGAUGUUCUCCAUAAUAAGAGGCUGGAGCUCUUGAAGACCAUCUAAAAAAGGACUCACAGUUACCUGGGGAUCCCACUCAAACAUCUUACUCUCUUUGCUUCAUUGCAGCUUGGAAGAACUCCUGACCACUCAGUGCGACCGGUUCACCCCAGAAGAGGUAAGAGAACUUCCCUGCAUCAUGCAGAACAUCCAGUCCUUUUUCUCACCUUUAUGCUCCCCACCCCCUUGUCCUCUUCAUACCCAUUUUUCUUCGCUGUGAGCUACUCUUUCCCAAAAAACACGAAAGGGUGCACUUCUGCGCACUCCACUCAUCUGCCAAGCUAAUGCUUAAUACAUCAAGGCAUCGUGAAAGGCUUCUGAGAAUUUGCAGUGAGUUUUCCUGUCAUUGCGAAAUAAUCUCACAGCCCACAUCCACACACCGCCUAGCCAGAAAGUGCAGCUUUUAUAUAGACAUGCCCUUGACUCCUGUUGAAUCCUGUUUAUCUGUCCUUUCUGGAUUUAGGGUCGUAGCCUUCAUGUUCAUCUGGAUAGGAAGGGAAAUACUCAGCCACUGGAUUGUUAAAUGCUGGCUCUCCUAGUGCUGUGAUUCAAUGGUUUAAAUGCUACAGUUCCAUUGCAGGACAGAACUAAGUUGAAAGUGAGGUGGUGAGGUUGGCAGAGGGGAAAUGGAAGCAGCCAUUGCAGUUCUGCGGAAAACUUUGUAAAAUCGCGAAUCUGUUAUUGACAUCAAGCAGCUUCUCUGCUUCUGAAUGCCCACCCUCCCCCUCCAACUUUUCAGACAUCUGUAUUGAAAAUAACACCAGUGCAUUUACUGACUUGGGAGUAUACCCUUUUUUAGCUUCCUGGGAAGGGAAACCGAAUCAGGAAUCGGGCAACUUCUCAUUUUGGCCUCUCUGCCUCUUUCAGAUCAAGAACAUGUGGCACGCCUUCCCUCCAGAUGUAGCUGGCAACGUUGACUACAAGAACAUUUGCUACGUCAUCACACACGGAGAGGACAAGGAAGGGGAAUAAGCCCUGGUUUUCCCACCCUUGCUUUGUGGGGGGAAUCCACCCAAACACCCCCAGGCCGGGGAGUUUACCUUACACUGGUCCCAGAUGAUCCACACACUUUUGUAACCCAGCAAUACACACGUCAAACCUGUUAUUUAUUAGUAUUAUUAUCUGGGGAGGAAAAUUAUACCCCCCAAAGCCAAAGCCGUGCCCACUUCAACUUGUCUUAACCUAACCGGGACCUUCCUCCGUAAAAUGUCUUAAUAAAGAUGAGGACACCUCUGUUUCUAACGCCCCUGUUGUUACAGUCUCUUUGACUUCUCUCAGUUUGAAAUUCAAAUACUCCUGGAAUGGAUUCAUGCAGUGGGUACAUCUUCUUCUUUUUUAAAAAACCAAUUUAUAUUUCUGCUCAUGUUAGGGAUGCUGGGUUUAGUCAGUCCAUUAGAUUAACACACUAAAAAAAAGUUAAUUAUUAAGUAUGUGUUCCAUAUUUAUUGCAUUUAACCAUAGGCCAUCACAAUAUAAAAACAGGAGUGGUGGACAUUAUAUAACAAGUUUGAUGAAAAAUAACAGAUUAGGCCUAAAUCAAUAAAAACCACUUAAUUCAUUGAGCAGCAGAUAUAAAUAUAAUGGGUGGUAUUCAAUGACAUUUUACUCAUAGCAGAUCCACUGGACUUAAUGAACAUUAGCUAACAGUGUAAUCCUAACCCGGUCUACUCAGAAGUAAGUCCUAUUGAAUUUAGUGGGGCCAGUUCCAGGGUAAAUGUGAUGAAGAUUGUUGCCUCGGGUUUGUAAAUUUCAGAGGCUGUCUAUUGUGAGCAACACUCAGCUGAAUACCGCCCAAUAUUUUUUAAUACUUUCUAGAAUCCAUACCGGGGGGCAGGGGGUUACCAUUAUUAGGUCAAGCAACAUGUCACAAAGCAAAGAGGAAGCUUUUGAGUUUCUUAGAACUCUUUGGGGCGAUGGAGUAAGCUAAGCAAGGG